GUUAGGGAUGAGCCCUUACGCGCUUUUAUAGAGCGGGCUAAACACGUUGAGCGUCUGUACCUCACUUUUAUCAAGGCUUAAAUGGCGUGAGCAGUCAAAUUAUUGCUUCCACGGGCCGAUAACAGUUUGCAACAAUGAAUUUCCUAAAGACGCUCGACCAGGCGCUCGAUUUCGAUCACAUAGAAAGGAAGGUCCAACAAGCGGCCUUGUCAGUGGUCGAGGAGUAUCCAGACCGCAACCGGGCGGCCCCGACGAGCGCAGCAGUCAUCACUCCCUCUGUCCUAGUGGAGUCGCGUGAGGUGGCCGAAAUAUGGCAAGGUUUCGAGAUGGAGCGUCGCAAGGACGACUGGGAGGUGGCCUGUGUGGAGCUGAAGGGGCUGCGAGGCACCGAGGAGCCGCCGCACUCGGCAUUGCAGGGCUGGCAACGACGUGCGCAGGAUGUCGAGUUCAAACUCUACCAGCUAUAUUCCUCCAUGCUGGCGCUACCCGACCCCACGCCCUUCCUGGGCCUGCUUUCCACCCUGGCGGCUCGCGUGCAAGAUCUGGAGGACACCAACCGCAAGCUGCAGACGGCGGCCGACCAGGCGGCGCAGGACGACGCAGAGGUGACGAGCCUGAUUGAGAAGCACCAGCGGCUGCUGGAUAGCACCAAAGAGCUGCAGGAGGAGCUGGGCCGGCGCGACGCCCGCAUUGCAGAGAUGUCUGCGGCGGCGGCGGAGGCGGCGGCGGCCAAGGCGGAGGUGCAUGCGCAGGCCACCGAGAUGGCGCGACUGCAGCGCUCGCUCCGGAGUGUCAAGGACGAGUAUGAGUCCACUCAGCACUCCCUGUUUGAGCUGCAGAGCCGCAUGGAGAGUAUGGCGGGCAGCCGGCAGCAGGAGGCCGAGUUGGCCACUGAGGAGCUGGAGCGGGUGGCCAAGCGCGCCGCCGAGUUGGAGCUGCAGCGGCAGCAGCUGCUAUCGCGGUUGGAGGCGGCGCAGCAGCAGGCGGCGGCGGCGGGAGGAGGAGGCGGAGGGGCGGGCGAAGCAGGCGGCGCGGGCGGCGCCUCCGGCUCCGCCUCUGCCUCGGCGCUGACGGCCCUGGGUGGCGGCGGCGGCGGCGGCUCGCUGGCUGACCCCGUGUUACUUGAGCGCCAGCUGGCAGUGCGGGAGGAGCAGGUGACUGCGCUCAGUGCCUCGCUGGAGGCGGCGCAGCGCAACGCGGCGGACGCGGCGUCGCGGCAUUCCCUGGAGACUGCCACACUGCGCGACCAGGUGGCCACCACCAAGCUGGCGCUGGAGCGGCUGGAGCGCGAGGUGGCGCGGCGGCCCGACCCCAAGGAGUACCAGGAGCUGCGGCGGCGGGCGGAGGCGCUCCAGUCGCUGGUGGACGUGCAGAUGCAGGAGGAGGGCUGGAGCAAGGAGCAGGUGGAGGCCACGCUGCGCGACCCCAGCGCCCAGUCCGUAACGCACGUGCUGCAGGAGCGCUCGCGCAAGCUGUCCUCGGACGUCAGCUCGCUCAAGCGCCAGCUGGGGGAGCGCGACAAGCAGAUCGGCGAGCUGGGCUCCAAGAUCCGGGCGCUGGAGUCGGACCUGGCGCACCGGGCACAGCUGGUGGCGCAGCUGGAGGAGCAUCUCGCCACAGCAGCAGCCACGCACGCCACCGGCGGAGGCGCAGGCGGAGGCGGAGGAGGCGGGCGGGGCGCGGCUGCGGCGGCGGGAGGCGGCUUCACGGGCUCGAGCUCGGGCUCGCAGCCGUCGCAGUCGCAGCUGCUGGGCGGGGCGGCGGCGGGGAUGUCGCCGAGCGGCUCCGCUGCGCUGCUGCUGCCGGAGCUCUCGGGCUCGCUGGGCGUCCUGCCCUCGAUGGAGCUCCCAGCCGGUGGCAGCGCCGCGGCAGCCGGCGGCGCCGCGGGCGCCGGUGCCGGUGCCGACGCCGCCGGCGCCGGCGCAGGUGGCGGCGGCGGCGGUGAUGGCGGCGGCGGGCUGUUGGACAUCCUGGCCAGCCAGCGCGACCGCUUCAGGCAGCGCAUGGUGCAACUGGAGGAGGAGAAGAACGCGCUGGGCGACGAGCUGAAGAAGACACGGCAGCAGCUGCAGUCGGCGCGUGACGACAACGUGCAGCUGUUCGAGAAGGUGCGCUACCUGGAGCGCUUCAACCAAAAGCUGGCGGCGGCAUCGGGCCGCACUACUGUGGUGCGUGUGGACGGCGCCGGCGUGUCGCAGCCCCUCGCCGAAGACCUGGGCCCGCGUGCCAACCGGUACCAGUGCGGCCCGUUCGCACUAGAGGUCGGCGGCGGCGGCGAUGGGGGAGGCGGAGGCGGUGGGGGAGGCGUGCCCGGCGGCGCAGUGCGCUUCGGCGGCGCGGGCGGUGGAGCGGGGGCUGCGGGGGCUGCGGGGGCGGGGCCCACGGGCAUUCGCAGCCGCGGCGGGCGGAGAGGCGGCGGCGCCGGAGCGCUGGCGUGCUUUGGAGACGGGGAGGAUGUAGAGGGCGGCGGCGCCACAGCUGAGGCGCGGGCGCAGCGCGCCUACGAGGCGCGCGUCAACCCCUUCGCCGAGUUCCAACAGAGCGAGGCUGAGGCGCGGCUGAAAAACCUGCAGGUGCACGAUCGUGCAGUGCUGGCAGGCAGCAAACUGCUCAUGGGCAGCCGAGUGGCACGCAUGUUCUUCGCUGUGUACACCAUCAUGCUGCAUUUCGUCAUCCUGCUACUCUUCUUCUACGCAACCACGCCCUGCCCCGCGCCGGAGCCGCUGGCGGCGGCGGUGGUGGGCGCGGCGGGCGCGGUGGCGGCGGGCGCAAGCCCCGCGGCGGCUGUGGCGGCGGCGGGCGCUGCGGCGGCGGCGGCGGCGGCGGGCGCGGCUGGGCGGGGUGGCGCGGGGCAAGCGAUAGGGGGUGGGGUUUUGCCGGGAGGGGGGGCUGGAGGAGCGGCGGCAGCAGGCGGCGGCGGUGUGGCGUAGUGGGUUAUGCAUGUGUUCUGUGUGACGAGAGGUGCUGAUGCUUUGCUCAAUGCAGUGAAGCUUUGCAGCAGGCAGGAUGUACAGUAUGCAUGCGGUGGCAACCGCACAGCAAAAUGCUUGUAACGUGAGAUUGAA